AUGGUGAACAAUGUAUGGCUUCUGCUAGUAAAGCUAUUACGAGUCGUUUACGCGUACCGACAGAAGUCCGCUCCGAGUAUUAUCGCGAGGCGCUAUUAUACUGGGCUUUUCGCGACAGAGGCACGGAUAUCCGUGGAUCCCUACCUUCUGCCACGGGAAGAGCCAUACGAAUACACCCCAAUCUCGGGCGAGCACAAGAUCAGACUACUGGUCAUUCGACCGGGCGCGUUCGAUGAUUAUAUAUGUGGGGACCUUGUCGAGGUCAAUCUCUUGCUGGGGCCGACGUUCGACGCGUUGUCCUAUACCUGGGCAGAUGAAAACGGCGAUGCAACGCGAUCGGGCAAAAUCUACUGCGUGCCUGAUUUCAGCGUCAUCGGGAUCACGAAGAACUGUGAGAGGGCGAUCCGACGGCUACGACAUCCCAAGAAGGUACGCCGCGUGUGGAUCGAUGCGGUCUGCAUUGACCAGCAGAAUGUUCUGGAGCGAACCCAUCAAAUCGGGCAAAUGGCCAAGAUCUUCACUUCGGCCCGUCGUGUGAUUGCCUACACGGGCGAGGGGACGUGUCAGACAGACACCCUGUUUGACUGGCUCAAUGGCCUCGAGGCACCGGAGCUGAACGUUCCUCUGAUCGGAGGAUUGGGCGAUCUUUCUCAUCCUGUCGUCACGCUCAAGGAACCUGCAGACAUUCGGAGGUUGAUCGCCCGGAUUCGGGUUGGGGUCAACGAAAGAAUGAUCUUGGCGGGCAUGUACGGGAAAAACUGCUUCUCCAGAUUACUGCGCCGAUCAGAGAGAGCGAAGGACAAGAUAAACAUUGACGAACCGGAGCUUACCAAGCUGGCACACGAGUAUUGCUCUCGAAGAUGGUUCAGCCGGGUCUGGAUUUUACAGGAGGUGACCCUGCCUGAUCUCCAUCGCACGAGAAUUGUUUGUGGGAGCAGGACCACGACGGCCGAGAGAGCACUGCAUGCUCUGGGACUUCUGAAAGAGGCUGGGGCCGAGAGCAUUCCCCGGAUAUUUGUCUUAGUCCGCAAGACAACCAUUUUUCCGAGACGGUCUCAUCUCUUGGAUAUCCUCAUUGAGACCAAAGACCACGCGGCCACCGAUCCCCGCGAUAAGAUUUUUGGAGUCCUCAGUCUGGCACACAGUUUAGAUGGAGGUUGCUUCCCGGAACUUGCGGCGAAUUACGAACUGCAAGCAGCCCAGGUAUAUACCAGAUACUCGGCCUUCUUCAUCCAGCACCACGGCCCGGGCUUCUUCCUUGCCUUGAUCCAAUCACCCCAGAAGCUGCCUGGACUCCCAUCCUGGGCAGCCGACUGGACGGUGCCCUGGCCGAACAGCAGAGCCGUCUCCGUGAGAGAUUUCCCUGCGGUUUCAAGACGCACACACGAGGAGAAUCCUGGGAAUAUAUUUGGUCGGGAGAACGGCUACGAGAUCCUGACACUAGUGCGCCCACAGAUCCUUCGAGGCUAUUUCACACGAAAUGGAGCCUGA